GGCGCGGGCGGGCGCGGCGGGAUGUCGGGGCCCAACGGGGACCCGCACGUGUUGGGCGGCGGCACCGGCGACGAGGGCGACGAGGGCGGGGACACCUUCGAGGAGGAAGAAUAUGCAGCAAUAAACUCCAUGCUGGACCAGAUCAACUCCUGCUUGGAUCACCUGGAGGAGAAGAAUGAUCACCUCCACAUCUGCUUGAAGGAACUGCUGGAGUCCAACCGCCAGACCCGGCUGGAGUUCCAGCAGCAGAGCAAGCAGCUGAACACAGGAGCUGAUGUGCAGGGAUCCCAGCCUCCUGCCUAGAGUCU